AUGGCGCAGUCUUCCAACUCUAGUCGUCACACGAUCGCUAAACCAUCAGAGGCUUCACCCGUCAGCGACCACAAUCCUGAUGCUGGAGAUGGAGAAGGCGAAUGUGAACAAGCGUCUGAUCCGAAGCGUACUGUGGAAGGUGGAGGUCACCUUAAAGGCAUGGACACGGUGCAAGAACCAGCCACCCAACGUAGACAUCAGUCGACAGUCAGCAUCCCUAUAAAUGAAUCCACCCUGAAAUACUUUGCGCAAUAUAAGGCCAGGUGGGGAGCGCCACCCGGCCCAAGCGCGCGGAGCGCAGAGCCGAGCGAUUCUCGACCUCUCGUCGGGACGGAAUCGGAGAAGCACGAUGAUAGAGAGCUCGUUGAUAUUCCUGGUCGGAACAACAAGCGCGCACACGACUCAGGGGAGGAAGACGAAGCACACGAAGGGCUACUGGUAGGCUUAAGCAGCGCGUUGACGCGAGAGAGUGCAAACGGUCCAAGCUCCGAUUCUAGCGACGAAUCCUUUGGUUUCAGAGGAUUUAAGACGCGCAGCAACAAGCGACAGCGUGUUGGUAGAGUAUUCACAGGGGAAAUUACCUCCCAUCUUUCGCCUCCAGAGCACAGAAUCGACGCUCCCCCUGCACCGUCUUUCGCGCCUCCUCCUGUCGUACGUGCUGCUUCUCCAGCUGAUUCCUUGGCCUCCUACGAGUCGGAUAGCGAGGUCCUCCCGGCUCCCGCGGUACCUACGGCCCCUGUGGCACCUGUCGAAGCCCCAUCCACCGUCAACCCCCAUGUCCGCCCGCACCCUUCUCUAUUCGCCACCCCAAUCACCUUCGCCGAUUACAACGCGCGAUUCGAUCCACUAUCCGCACCGAUUAAGUAUGCUGCACCCACCUUCGACGCGGACACCACUUUUGCCUCGACUGCAUCGGGUAUUGAAGGCCCCAGUCAUCCAACGAACGGUUCCGUAUCGUACAACGACCUCGAAUCCCACCAAUAUCAGUCUAUUGACGAGCUCAAGAAGGCGGCCGAUUCGCUGGAGCACCACACGUUCUACUGGGAAGAUGGGGACGUGAUCAUUCACUGUGGCACAGUGAUCUUCCGCGUUCACGCGGAGGUUCUUGUGGAGCACAGUUGGAUGUAUCGAGAGAUGUUUGGUGAAGAUGGAGUUGCGACGAUGAUGAGUGAGCAGAGAGAGUUGCCGGGGGUGAAAGUCUACAUCCACGACGAGGGCGUGGCCGGUGAGACUGUGGAGGAUUACGAAUUUAUGCUAAUGUCCUUUUAUCGUCCAAACGAACUGAAGCCGACUUCAUACUGCACGGUUCCGAAACUCGAACGCAUACUCAACCUAUCCCGUAAAUACUCCUCCGUCCGCCUUCGCGAAUUCGGGAUCUGUGUCUUCUCCCUCUACGCACCCACAUCCUUCGAGGGCUGGCUUCAUCUCGGCGAACGCCUCGCCUCUUCCAACGCCCAUCUCUCGACGUCCAUGUCUCCGUUCGCCUACACGGAUUCUGCCACCGCGAAGGGAAAAGGAAGGGCCGUCGACAUGGGCACGAACAACAUCCAUUCGUCGUUGACCGUCCGCGACAAGUUCCGCCUCCAUUAUCUCGCCAAAACGCACGAAGUAUGGGCAGUUCAGCCAUACGUCCGUUACCUCCUCUGCCAAGAAUCCAUCGAUUCGAUCACGACCGGCGGCGGGUUCGAGGACGUUACGAUAACCGAUGACCCCAACCCUUACUGGAAGUUCGGCGACUCCGAGGUCGAACCAGAAUCCAACGACGAGAUGUUCCGUAUCCCGCAGGAGGAAGUCCUCGAUCUUUUGCAGGGACGGGAGACUCUAAAGGAUGCUCAGCGCGACUUCGUCUUCGGUUUCUUGUCGAAAAUCAGGCGGGAGGGGAAAGUUGGCAAUGCUUGGGACCGUCAGAAUGGUCAACUCAGCGGAGGAGGGCUGUCAAGGGAGGUUGAGCGGACGGAGAAGAGUAUGACAGCUGCGACAUCUUGGCGAGUCUGGACAUUGAGUUGCGAUGAGAAGAGGAACUCCGAGACAAAACAUUCGUGUUUUAUGUUCCUGAUCCGUCUGCAUCGUGAGUGGGAGGUGAAAAAGAAAGAUAUCUACGGUCUUGGCGAAGGUCUCCCACUCAAUUCGCUCGGAGGCUUGACGGCCGAAGCGAGGGGGUUGAUCAAGGGGCAUCUGUGCCCAAGCUGCUGGAAGAAGUUCAAGAGCGAAAUGAGGCAGGGCCAGAGGAAGGUUUGGAGGGUGCUGCCGCGUGCGGUGGGUCUUCGUGAUUGGUUUGAGGUAGAGAAGAAGGCAAAAGAUGUCAACAAGGUGGGUACGGCGGGUGUACCGAAGGAGGCCUGGGAUGACGCGAGACGAAGGGCCAUUGAUAUGUACUUCGAGAGUAAUGCGGGAAAGACUAAGGAGCGGGAUGAGCUGGAGGGUAGGGAAGGGAAGUGGAAGCGGGAGUUGGAGAUACGUACCUAUGAAGAGGUGAGGAUUGCGUAUCAGAGGGAGAGAGCUCGAAAUGCGACACACUAG